AAAACAAUUCCAGCUGUUUACAAACAAAACGUGUUCGUUUUCGUAAAGAAUACGAAUAAUUUUUAUAUUUUCUUAAAUCUAAUUAAAAUUAAACAAAAUGUCAGCAAAUAAACGUAAAAAUUUAAAUGCUAUGGAAGAGGACCCCAGUGGAUCUGAUUCAGAAACCUCAAGUGAUGAUGAAGACGAUGGACCCCACCCAGAUGCAUACACUGGGAAUGAAGAAGUUGUGAUUGACUUUGAAGGUCGCGCACCCAUUGAUCCAGAUUGUCAUGGCAUUUCUCAGUUACUGCAAAGGGUAUUCCUAAAAGCCCACAUUAAUUGCAUGCAAAUGGCUGAUUUGAUAAUUGCCCAAAAUUUCGUGGGAAGCGUUAUCUGUCAAUGUGAAGCCGAUGGCAUAGAAAGUGAUGCCGAUGAUGAUAUGUGCGAAGAUGGCACUAUUUUUGGUAUAACUACUGUUUUAAAUAUUACCGCUAAAAAAGAUGUACCCUGUAUUGAGCAAUUCCGUUCUUUUGUUGUACAAAAGGCCGAGAAACAUGCCACGGAUGCAGUGUUGAAACACUUCCGUGAUGUCUUAGGCAAUGAGGCAAGACCAAUUGGUUAUCUGAUCAAUGAACGUUUCAUUAAUAUACCAGCACAAAUAUCUGUGCCUUUAAUGGAAAAUCUUUAUAAGGAAAUCACUACCGCCAAACAAAAGGGCAUGCCUUUUAACUUUGUCUAUUUCCUAAUGAUCAUUAAGUUUUAUCGUAAGGAAGCCAAGAAGGGUAAACCCAAGGAAGAUACUUAUACAAAUGCUGAAGAAGAAUUGUUGGCUGAAAAGGCUGUCAGUUCAUUUGAGUAUUCUGUGUCCGAUGAAUGUGACAUGGGUAUGUCUGGUGAUUGGUUGGAGGGUGAUGCUGCUUUAACACCUUAUAGAAAAGUGUUGUUAUUUGAUGCCAAGAAUUUCCCUGAAUUAAUAUUCGAUAUACAAAAGUAUAUUAAUGGACAAUAAAACAAUAAAUGUAUUAAACUUCUGAGACGAUCUAAAGAGUAAUUUUUAUAUUAAGGAUUAUGAAAAUUUGUAUAUUGUUGAAAAAUAUACUUAAAACGGAAACUGAAAUUAAAUAAAA